AUGACAACCAACAUAUUGUUAUACGAUACAAUUAAAUCAUUACAAGUUAAAACAAAUGAUGCUGAAUUACAUUGGUAUAUUACAUCCAUAAUCAUACCAGAUUUAUCUCAAUUAAUUGAAACACUACAAAUUUGUAAGAAUUUAUUACUUUAUAAUUCCCCACAAGCACCCAAUCCAAAAGAAUGCAUUGAAAAGGGACCACUGUUGAAAUUGCCUAUUUCUUUAAAUAAUAAGUCAGAUUCACUUAAUGGGAUAGUCAUUAGAGAUGGUCCAUAUGUAACUGAUUUAAAUCUAACAAUUAAAAAUGCAUUCUUCAAUAAAUAUGUUCAUAAGUUACAAUUGAAAACUCCUAUUAUAUUAGAACAAAUAGUCAAUUGUUUGAAUUCAAUUAAUGAUUCAAUAAAUUUAUUACAAGAUUUGCAAUCAAUUGAUAAAGAAUUUAAAGAUGGUGUACAUGAUCAUAAUAAAUUAAUUGAAAAUUUUGAAAUAUUAUUACAUCAUAUUCAUGAUGCUAAAAUUAAUUUACAAAUACCUACUGAUCCAAAUUUGGUUUUCCCACUUAAAGUUACAAACACUAAAGAUUUUGAACCGGAAUUAUCUGAUCAUAUAACGGUGGAUUUUUAUACUUGUGAUAAUCAAAUAAGUCUUGAUAUUAAAUGUCUUCAUAAAGUUACAGAAAAACCAUGGUCUGAAAUUGAUAGUACUGGUAAAUCAUUUGUUGAUAAAUUAAGAGAUGACAUGAAAUUACCAUCGAAUACUCCUUCAAUACAUACUAUACAAACAACAUCCAUAAGAAGUUCACCAGCUCCGCCUUCCAUUCAACUGACAUCGCAAGAUCAACAACAACAACAACAACAAAUCCACCCGUUAACAGUUUCAGAAAUUGAAAAGAAAGUACAAGAAAAGACAUCUAAUAAUACAGGAUUCUUAUCUAAUAUAGUAAAUCAUUUGCUGCUACGUGAUAAACCAAAAGUCAUGGAUUAUAUUAGUCGAGCUAUAACUUAUGAUGGAUCAGUAGUCAUGGUUAAUAAGAAAUUUGAAGUUUCCACCGAUGAUCCAAUACUUAUUAGUAUCAGUACAAAAUUGAAUCAUAUUGAAAAGAAAAUCAACAAAUUCAAUACCAAUAUAAAUAGCCUUGUAUAA